CCGGCUGCGCGCACGCGCACCGCGCCCUGCGUGCGCCGCGCGCACUUCCGGGUCACUGCGGCCAUGGAGGCCGGGCAGGGACCCGGCCCCGGCGGCGACACGGCCGAGAGGGAAGUACCAAAGCCCUAUGUUCCAACAGAGGAAGAAAGAAGACUCCUCAAGGAAUGUGCUGAAGAGAGUUUUCGCUAUAGAGCUUUUCCUUUGGCUGCAGUGAGCAUGCUUGGUACUAGUUUCUUAAUUAGAAAAGGUGUUCUAAGAGAUACCUCAAGAUUUGGCUCUUUUAUUAAAGUUGCAUUUGCUGGAAUGUGUGGAUACCUGGCUGGAAAGAUAUCCUACUUGCCAAUCUGUAGCGAGAAAUUUAAGAAACUGAAGGAUUCCCCAAUAGGAGAUGUUCUACGACAAGCUCAGAGACAUAGUUCACCUAAUCGUUCCAGUCGUAAAUCUGAAUUUUCAGACAUGCCUUCUCAGUCAUUUACUGAGUCAUCUUCUCCAAGAGCUGGAUUCCCACCUUCUUCUAGCUAUUCAGAUGAUUACAGCUCAACAGAUAGAGCCCUCUCAAGUUAUGAGCCUGUUCCAUUCAGUGCUUCUCUGAAUGAAUCUUCACCUACAGGAAUUACUGACUACACUGUUCAAGAACCUGCUCCAAUUCCAGAAGAAAGUCGUAAAAAAAAAGGCAUCACAUACGAGGAACUAAGGAAUAAACACAGACAGACAUACGAGGUAAUGCAACCACCAAAGGCAGAAACUCCAAGCAAGCUUUCACAGGAAAAACCAGCUAAGGAAGUUAAAGUAAAUAAAUAUGGAGAUACCUGGGAUGAGUAAGAGUCAAAUGAAGAACUGAAGAAAAUUACCUCCUGUCAGCUAACUUGAACUUCAUCUAGAUUAGUCAUGAGUAUCAGCACCUUUGGUGUGCUCUGCCAGACACAACUAAUAAUAAAUGAGGAGAAAAUCCUGACUUCUCAGAAAAUUUAAAAUUGUAUUUAUGCUGAAUUUUUUUUUAAUUUUGCAUAAAUGAAAAGCAAGGCUACUCUGAGGUGUCAUGACUAUAAACCAUUUGUGCUGUUGUUUAAGAAUGAGAAAGGUAAUAUGAACAUAGAUCAUAAGGUAAAAAUACAUGUAAAUAAAUGCAAUCCCAUGUAUCGAGAAGGGAACAAUAUCAGAAUCUUCUCAAAUUUUCAAGACUUGCAUUAAAAGUUACCUGUAGAACUCAA